UGGAUUAGUUUAGACGAUAAUUAGGAUACAGCUGAUUCGACUAUAUGCACAAAUCGACAACAGACAGCUGCAGACAAACGAAGAGCAUACGAGCGGAAAGGAGGGGGAGGUGGUGCUUGGAUGCUGUCUAGGGCAAUUGCGAUUGAAGCAUAUUCGGAAUUUGUCGUUCGAGCGGAGAAACUGGCUUGCCAAGCAUUGCGCAAGUCGAAGAGGACGCGAGGGCGGGAAGCAAGUUGUCGGCUUAGGUCGUAGUUGUGCUCGUUUUUAGCAGAUUCGAAUGUGCACUUCGAACUAGAGGCCUCGAUGGCAGCAGAAUCUGAUCCGAUUGAGGAGCGCAAAGCGAGGUUGCAAGCACUUCGUCUUGCUGCUGAAUUGUCUGCUCCGCCGGAGAACGACGCUGACGAUGGAGAUUUGGAAGCCGCAGCAGAGGACGGAGAACCGGAGGUUGUAAUAAAAUUUCGAAAUUAUGUUCCCCGCGAUGAACAGCUACAGCAGCUCAAAAUUGUGCCGCCUCAACCACCCAAGUUCGAUGACCCUCUUGCUAAAGCUCCAGAAGAUGCGAAUGACACAGAGGACACUCUAGUUAGCAUUGCGCCAAAGAAAGCUAAUUGGGAUCUACGAAGGGAAGUGGCAAAGAAGUUGGAAAAGCUCGAGAGACGCACGCAACGAGCAAUCAUUGAACUCAUGCAGGAGGAAGAGAAGCGUAGACAAGCUGCAGCAGGAGGCGGCGAGGAUGACAUGGAAUAGCCCAUAGCAUCACGAAAUUGGAUGUUGUCCAGUUUUCAAGGAGUCUCGAGAUAGCUGUAAGACACCUCUUUUUUUAGAGGUGCAUGAUUUUAGCAAUUUUUCAGCCGUAUACAGUUUAUGUGUAGUGGCUUGUAUUGCUUGAAGGCACUUUGAGCAUGUUUGAGGAGAUUUUUUCAUUCGGAGUAGGAAUUAUAGAUAGGACUUCGAAGUUUAUUUGAAAUGAAGGAGGUUAGUAUACAGCUAGGUUGUCGGGUUUAUGAAAAUGAGGAGUUUGUUGAAAGCUACUUUUUGUUUCAAGGAAGCUACAUGACUUUCAAAGGAAUUGUUCUUAUUGGUACAUUUUCCUGUUUGUAUAGACUUAUUCUGUCGUAGAAGGUAUCUCGGAAGCGAAGUUCUUUCAUUGGGUCCAG